AUGCCUUGUGACCCGGUGGACAAGAGCCCGGCGAGUGAGAAGGACACCCCGGUGCAAUGUGCCAAGUGUCCCUCGGUGCCUGAGCGAUGCAUCUUCUGCCUCUCCAUGGACGGAAGGCAAUACGUCCCUCUUCAUUACGAAAGCCCUGCGCCAACGUCUUCAAGGCUGCCGUACAGCUCAGCCCUCACAUCGCAUACUGCCUGCGCGAAAUGCUGGGCCGACUGGGAGGAGCGUCUGCCUGAUCCACGAGCGAAGUUUCCGCAAUGCCCAGUGUGCCAAAGGGCCGUCGACAUUGGUCAGGGCUACGCAGACAAGGUGCAGUGCCACCCGUGCUUGGAGGAGUUGCUGGCAGAGGUGCACUCGCGCAGGCAGCGACCCAAAAAGGAUGCAGCUGAUGCAAAGAGGGCAUCCAGAUGCUGUUGGCUCUGGGCUCUAGUCCCAGUCGUUGUGUUGAUUGCUGUCUUUAACGUGGCCUUCUCAGUCGUGCUCGACCUCACUGGCCGAUGGAUGGCCAAGGAGCUGGAGCAACAUCCAGCCCUUCUACGUCAGCAUUUGCCGCCAGGCGCCGCUUCGCUGCUCUGCACCGAAGAUGCCAGGGACCUCCUCGAGGUGCUUGCGCAGGACUCGACCCUGCGGCUGGUCUCGUCGUUUUUGCAGGAGGUGGCAGCCAGGGCAUGCGAGGGACCAAGAAGGUCCCGCGUCUCGGAGACGAGUGGCGUGGCCCGAAAAGAGCUAUGA